UGUAACGUUACACUCGGGCGAGAUCUGCUCGCUGCUAGCUGUUUUACUCGACAGUAGCUACAGCGAAGAAGCGCAGAACUAAAGGUGUACCCAAACAACAUAAGAUAGGGCAGCGAAGCAGGGGUAAAAAGGAACGCGCUCACAAGAAAAUAUUUCAGAAUGCUCUUUAAUACUUGACGAAAUUUUUCGCCUGAUGUUUUCUUGGAAGAUUGCUGUACCUUUAAUGAAGUCAUGACCUCAAUGGAGAGCGACAAGUGCUGGCAAGAAUGUAUGGACGUUGCUGUUCAGAUAGCACGUAGGGCUGGACAGAUGGUCAGGGAUGCUGUUAAACAGGAAAAGCGUGUGAGCACCAAGAGCACACCAGCCGACUUGGUGACAGAGGCCGACAAUCAGGUAGAAGAACUGAUCAUCUCCACCCUCCGAGAGAGGUUCCCCUCACACAGAUUCAUUGGUGAGGAGUCUUCUGCUGCUGGAGAAAAAUGCAUUCUAACAGAAAGCCCCACCUGGAUAAUUGAUCCCAUUGAUGGAACGUGUAAUUUUGUCCACAGUUUUCCCAUGGUGGCUGUAAGCAUUGGAUUUUCUGUGAGAAAAGAGCUUGAAUUUGGAGUCAUUUACCAUUGCUUUGAAGAGACCUUAUACACUGCUAGGAAAGGCCAUGGGGCCUUUUGCAAUGGUCUCAGACUUCAGGUAUCAAAGGAAAAAGAUGUGUCCAAGGCCCUGAUUUUAACAGAAAUAGGAGCAAAGAGAGACCCCAAAACACUCAAGAUCUUUUCCGGGAACAUUGAGAAAUUUUUGAGUGCACCUACUCAUGGGGUGCGGAUAAUAGGCAGCUCCACACUGGCGCUGUGCUACAUAGCCACUGGAGCAGCUGAUGCCUAUUACCAGUACGGACUGCACUGCUGGGACAUUGCAGCAGCUGCGGUCAUCAUUCGGGAGGCUGGGGGAGUGGUGAUUGACACUUCAGGGGGACCCCUGGACCUCAUGUCCCGCCGGGUUGUCGCUGCGGGGACCCAGGAGAUUGCCAGUUUCAUCGUCCAACAGCUGGACCCAAUCAGCUACGAGCGAGAUGACCACUACAGUGUCGCUCCAUCUUUAUAAUAUGAGUGGUUCUCUGUCUCUCAUUCUCAGCCUCUUACCUCCAAUCAGAAAAGCCUGCCGCACCCGGAAUCAGUCCUGUGCACAGUAAAAUGUUCAGUGUUAAAUCAGCACUUACAGAGUGCAUAGGGUCCUGUUGGACUCAUUUGUACUGUUCGAGUUGAAGUAACACAUUUUACUGUGCGCCAUAAUAACCUGUGUCCUCAUGCACAAAUCUACUGCACUUCUGGAGAAUACUACAGCACCUAACUGUAUUUUGAGAAAAAUUAUACUUUCCUUCUCUGUGGAAAAAUCUUCAUAAAGUUCAUCAAGUUUUCAAUCCAUAUCAAUUUGCACACAGCAAUGUGUCUCACAAAAAUCUAUUAUAUAUUUCUGAAUGCUUCUCUUAUCGUGGGAAGUCUCCCACUAAGCUGAUUUCAAGCCAUACAACAUACAAUAGGAAACAUGGAGACAUUAUUAUGGGUGUUCCUUGGUUUAGAAAGGACUCUAUCUUCAUAGUCUAAAGUCCAGCACGCACAGUUACAGUUACAGUACAGUACGUUACAGUAGGGCAUGAUCAGAUGCACUUCUGCUAGUUACACAGCAGGUAGUCCAAGCACAAAGUAAGUUUGUGGGGCGGCCUGUAGCGUAGUGGUUAAGGUAAAUGACUGGGACACGCAAGGUCAGUGGUUCUAAUCCCGGUGUAGCCACAAUAAGAUCUGCACAGCCGUUGGGUCCUUGAGCAAGGCCCUUAACCCUGCAUUGCUCCAGGGGAGGAUUGUCUCCUGUUUUGUCGAAUCAACUGUACGUCGCUCUGGAUAAGAGCGUCUGCCAAAUGCCAAUAAUGUAAUGUAAUGUAAGCUGAAGGGUUAAAAUGCGCUGGACUUAGUGGCUUCAUUAAUUCAUAGACUUGGGCUUAACAUGCGGUAAACCAAUUAGAAUGUAGUCUUCCAUUCCCUUUGAAGCCAACUGCGUUUGCCCCUUGUCAGACUGCUAUUAUAACGGCGGAUUUAGCAAGAUGUCAAACAGACACAUGUACCUCUAAGACAAAAGACCUGCUCAUGCAUGAGUCAACUAAAAUUGUCAGAAUUGUGUAAUCUGGUACAUUUUUGUUUUUGUUUUUUUUAAAUGGCUUAUUAGGACCUUUAGUCCUCUUGAGAAUCUUUCAUUCAGUUAUGGUGUAACUGGUGAAAUCAUCACGGUUUUAAUCUAAUCACUGUCAUUUAAAAGAAUAAUAAAAAAAUGUAAAUAACUAAGAAUAGAGUUUGAAAUGUGUUGAAAUUGUGAUAUUUGAAUGAAUCCUAUUUCUAAUCAUAUCCAAAUGAACAAAACAGGCAUGCACAGUGAAAAACAUUGCAAUGCAUUGAGAUGAUUUAAAUGCCCAAAUAAGUGCAAUAUUCACUGGAGAAAGCUUUGGAAUUUAUUCAGUCAAAUAAACCAUUCCAUCUGCUUA